AUGAGCUGCAGCGGAGGCUCCCACCCGCGGCUCAACACGCUGGGCCGCAUGACCCGCGCCGAGUCCGGUCCCGACCUGCGCUACGAGUGGCCAGAGCCAAACCUUCAAAGGCUAAUUACAUCACCGACAAUAUUCUUGGCCUCCUUGGCUCUUUACAGCUUAUGCACAGUGAGAGCUCUACUCCAGGCCAUCCUGCAGACAGAAGACAUGUUAAAGGUGUACGAAGCCAGACUCACCGAAGAGGAAACCGUGAGCCUGGAUCUGGAUAAGGUGGAAGCUUACCGCUGUGGGCUGAAGAAAAUCAAAAAUGACUUGAACUUGAAGAAGUCCUUCUUGGCCACCAUGAAGACAGAGCUGCAGAAAGCCCAGCAGACCCACUCCCAGACGUCACAGCAGUAUCCACUCUAUGACCUGGACCUGGGCAAGUUCAGUGACAAAGUCACACAGCUGACAGACCGCUGGCAAAAAAUAGAUAAACAGAUAGACUACAG